GAGGAUGCAAAUUAAGCGAAAGACCUAAGCUCGGUGGCAGCGGCGGCGAGAACAAACUGAUCCGCUGCCCGCGAGCGCAAAAACGUGAUGUGCGACGCGCGAGAUGGGGGAGCGAAAAAUGACGGCCUGCGGCUCCGACAGGCAGGGCGGUCCGGUCUUCCGCGAAGCGGGAAACGUAUUUUGGGAAAGGAAGCAGCGCGUCAGCGAAAUGUGCUGCGAAACGCAACGAACGCACGUUCACACGGUCCUUUCUCCCUCUGCGCAAGAUUCCGCGGAGGAGGUCGACCUCAACGUGGUGUAUCAGGCGGCUGCCAACGGGGAUGUGAACACGCUGACGGCGAUCAUCCGUGAGGACCCCUCCAUCCUGGAAUGCUGCGACAGCGAAGGCUCCACGCCUCUGAUGCACGCAGUGUCGGGCAGGCAGGUGGACACCGUGAAGCUGUUGUUGAAGAUGGGGGCGUCCAUCAACACUCAGGACGCCUGUGGAAGAACCUCUCUCUCCCUGGCUACAUACCUGGGUUGGCUCGAAGGCUGCGUGUGUCUGCUUCGCAACGGAGCCAAGCAGAGCAUCCCCGACAAAAACGGCCGUCUGCCCCUGCACGCAGCGACCGCCGAGACUGACUUCAGACUCAUGGCCGUUCUGCUGCAGCAAUCGACACUGUGCGAAAUAAACCACCAGGAUAACGAGGGCAUGACCGCACUGCACUGGGCGUCCUUCCACAACCGGCCGCAGCACGUCCAGGCCCUCCUGCAGAAAGGGGCCGACCCCACGCUCGUGGACAAGGACUUCAAGACCGCCCUCCACUGGGCUGUUCAGAGCGGCAGUCGCUUCAUGUGCGCCCUCAUCCUGGACCACCGCCUGGGCCCUUCCGUCAUCAACUACGACGACGAGAACGGGAAGACGUGCGUGCACAUCGCGGCCGCUGCCGGUUACAGCGACAUCAUCUACGAGCUCGCAGCCGUUCCCGAGAGCAACCUGCAGGCGCUGGACGUGGACGAGCGGACCCCCCUUCACUGGGCCGCGGCGGCGGGGAAAGCAGACUGCGUGCAAGCCCUGCUGCAGCUGGGCGUCGACCCCGACCCGCGGGACAUCAACGAAAACACACCCCUCACGUACGCCAUGUACUGCGGACACACGGCCUGCAUCAAGCUCCUCUCUGCUGAGAACAGGUCCGAAUCAGCCAGACAGAUGCACUCCCAGGGCGGUGACCAGUCGCACAAGAAAGAGGGGAAAUUGAGCAUGUUCAACCAGUUCUUCUCCUGCAAGAAGCGAAAAGAGCAUCCGCCAGGGAGGCAGAGGGAUAACAGCAGAGAUCGGUGCCUGAGGGAGGAGACCUCUGAGGUGGACGACAUCAUCACCAUGUUCGACUGCAUCGUGGACUCCUCUGCCAAGGAGCAGUCGGAGGAGAGCUCAGACGACAGGAAGAGGCCCGGCGAAACCCAAACCCAGAAAGCCCCGCUGCCGGAGAAUCGGGUGACAAAGGACAAAACUGGGCUCCCCCCUAUAAGAACACAAAGUCUUCCUCCCAUCACUCUGGGGAGCUCUUUGAUGGCCAGCAACAAGGGCGCGGUGCACGGCAACCUGACCGGGCAGGCGGUCCCCCACUUUGGCCACGGGUCUCAGAAAAGCAGGAGCGAACAUGACCUGUUCGACAGCAGGACGAAAGGCCAGGCCCUAAGCGGCAAUCCGUGGAAGUCUGAGUCCAGUCGAGUUCUCUCGCACAAGGCGUGGACCGCUCCGGCUUCCGGGAAGCUGUUGGAUGGACUGCUGAAGGAGAAAUCCGGUCCGAUGGACGUGCUUCAGCCCCGCCAAAUUCCAUACAUUCAGAAGAAUGAACAAGUGUCCACCACACACUUGCUGCCUCUGGACAGACUGAAGGUGAAGGAGACAGCUCUCACGCGCAACGGCUUGGCUCCCAUAAGAGGCCACUGCACGCACCGCUUCUCCCUGCCACCAGACCAAGUCUCUCAGGGGGUGAAGAAGUCUAAAUCCCUGCCUCUCAAUUCCCUGAGCCGAAGCCUGGCAGGGGUCCCGUUGCCCAUGGCCAGCAAGUCCCUGCGGGCUGGGAUACCUCAAAGCCAGUCACUCUGCUCCUUCCUGCCUGUCCAGAUGGGGGACCCCCUGCGCAACAUCAAUGUUCUGCCCGCCAUUUCGUCCCAAAAGAAACACAGCCCAUCCUCUCCUGAGCCCAAACGGGCAACUCUUAGCAAACCAGGAAACAAAACCCAAGGCCUCAACACUUCAUCACACUUGAACCUCGUCCUGCGGGAGGGUGACGGGUGAUCGAACAAACUUUCGCCUUGUCUGGGUGCAACUCUCUGCUCCGAAAGCAGUAGAGCCUCAUUGUCUGUUCUACCGCGUACCUGGCAUACAUGUGUGUCUUUUAUUUUUGGCUUUUCAAGAUGGUCAGGACAUUAAAAGGGUAUUUGUUUUUUUCCUGUUUCCCAAUCUCUGCUAAUUAUGCCAGUUAUACUGUGGUACUGCAGAAAUAAUCCUGUUUGUUAAUAAUAUCCUAUUUUUGCAUAUUUUUAUAGAAUUAUAAUCAAUAUCUAAAG